CUUGUCCUUGUUGGAGGGCUAGCUCCGCGGGCGGUCACUCCAUUGGUCACUCUGAGGACGAGUUAAGCUCUUCCAGGCUUGGUCGCACGCUGGAAGCACUUCGAAUAAGAGUGAGGGGGAUAACCGCCAGAACUCCUAAGAACCAUAAACAUAGUCUCUGAGUUUGUCUUGGGAGGCUUGUCUGAUUUACUUCUUAAACACCACGAAGUCCCCGUCUUUCUCUGCACAGCAUCAUUUUCCACAACACCAAGCCUUCAUCCUACACAACACACUUCCAAAAGAUGAAAUCUUACGCCAUCCCUCUCGCCGCUUCUCUCUUCGGCACCGCUUUCGCGGCCUCCCACUCCAUAGACGUCGGCGAAGACGGUCUCGUCUUCUCUCCAAACUCCACGACCGCCGCCGUCGGUGACACAGUCACCUUCCAUUUUUACCCACGCGCCCAUGGAGUAGCUAGAAGCAGUUACCCGAGUCCGUGUGCUGCUAUGGACGGCGGCUUCAAUUCUGACUUUGUGAAAGUCGCAAGUGGAGAGAGUGCUACGACGUUUACAAUCACGGUGAAUGAUACACAGCCGAUUUGGUAUUACUGUCCGCAGGGAGAUCAUUGCCAGGCUGGUAUGGUCGGUGUGAUCAAUCCUCCAUCUUCGAGUGACCAAACUAUCGGUGGCUUCAUAAUUGCGGCGUCGAGUGCUGGUACGAGCACCGUGCCGAACGGAGUCUAUGGUGGUGUACUUGCUGCCAAUGGCGCUUCUGGCGGUGCCGCGGCUGGAGGCUCAUCGUCUUCUGCUCAGUCGGCGAGUAUCUCGAUGUCUUCGUCGAUGGCAUCUUCCAUGAUGGCAUCUUCCAUGACGUCGUCGUCGAUGAUGUCCUCGUCCAUGGUUUCCUCGUCUCGAAUGUCGUCUAUGGCUUCUUCCAUGGCUUCUUCUGCCGCUGCAGUCGGCUCUUCAUCUCGCGCCAUGUCAGGAUCAUCUGCAUCCGCUGCUACCGGAUCUGCUUCUCGCACUACUUCAGGAGCCGCCAGUGCUACAAGCAGCAUUGUUGCUUCUACAGGAGCUGCCUCUUCCCUCAAGUCAGUGGGUAUGGUAGAGAUUGGAUUGGGUCUUUUGUUCGGAGGCUGGUACAUCUUGUAAAACUCUAUCGAGAGGAUACGGUCGUAAUAAGUGGAUCAAAUAAUACAGCUCUAU